CAUUGAAUGAGUAGGUCGGUAAUCUGGGUUAACGUGUAAAAUUCAAUCAAUAGUGAGUUCAUGAAGUGAAUCUAAUCAAAUACCAAAAGUAAAUAAACUAUUUGACUUAGACACGUAAGCUCGUACCUACUGCCGCACUCAAAGAAAAGGCAAUUAUUAGCAACCGYGCCUGCAAAUUACGGAGAUAAGAACGAGCUAUUACUAACUAUUGGAUUACUCAAUUACUAAUUCGCAAUAGCAUUCGUUUUCCAUUAUUUCUGUUUGUGCGAAAAUGCAUUUUGGAGGCUAACUUACUGCUACUUCAAGUUGUGCCAAAAGAGGAAUCUUUCAACACUAGUAGGUGUGUUUUUGUGGAGCUGUUCAACGAUAGCCUUUAUCGCUCAAAAAUACUUCGAUAGUUCGUAGAUUACUAAGUAUUCGCCGCCAGUUUCCGAAAAACUGGCAUGAGCCCUUAACUGCUAUUAAAGCAUUAUCUCCAAUUUAUUACAAAUAAAUUCACUUUAACAGGUACAAAGUACAAACAUACAUGUAUUCUAUGCGGGAUACUAUGCACUGUGAGCUGUGUUCUUGAUAAGUUAACAAAAUAUUUUUUUGGGUCUAGACCACAGUUGGCGUUCAGUGCUCAAAUUGUGCGGUUGUCAUUAAACGUUAAUUGCUGUGCGAGCAUAGAAAGUUCAACAUGGUGUCAAAUACUAAUAACAAUCCCAGUGAGGUCGAGUCGGAGCAGUUGCAAUCGGAAAACAUAUAUGAGGACAAGAUCAUCUUCCCGGAUUUCAAAACUGGACCAUUGACAAAAUAUCGGCAACUCUCAACAUUUUGCUACAAACGCAUGAACGUCCUUCUGGAGGGUGAGGAGCACAUACGACUAAAGCAUCGCAUAUGGAAUUUUAUGGAAAAACAUMCCGACUUUCAACAUGACUUGGAAUCACCCACAAUGGAUCGUCAACGCCAACUGGCCAAUAAACGCGGGCAUUUAAUCUAUGAUAAGCAAUUCUAUGGAUUAGGCGAAUACGUCACUGCGCCUCAGCUCUCACUGGCCUUUGCACAGGCCAUGUUCUCGUAUGAGGUCAGCUUUGCUGUCAAGUAUUCGCUCUCAAAUGGCAUGUUCCCCAGCACAAUUCUCUCUCUGGGCACUGAGCGUUUGGCCAAAUAUGCCGCAAAAAUUGCAAAUAAUGAAAUUAUAGGCGCUUUUGCGCUUACGGAAAUCUCGCACGGCACCAAUGCACGUGGGAUGCGCACACGCGCCACCUAUGAUCCAAAGACGCGUGAGUUCAUUAUACAUACACCCGACUUUGAGGCUGCCAAGUGUUGGGUCGGCAAUUUGGGCAAGACGUGUACGCACGCCAUCUUAUAUGCACAGUUAUAUGUGCCCGACGACACAUAUCAGGGGYUGAAUGCCUUCUUAGUGCCUAUACGUAACGAACGUACGCUGCUGCCGUUCCCUGGUGUGACCGUUGGAGAUUUGGGUGAGAAGGUCGGCUUGAAUGGCUUAGAUAAUGGCUUUGUGAUGUUCAACGAAUAYCGCAUACCCGGCGAGAAYUUGCUCUCGAAGACCGGUGAUAUCGAUGAGCAAGGCAAUUAUGUGAGCAAAAUCAAGGACAGUCGCAAACGUUUGGGCGCCUCGUUGGGKGCACUCUCGGCUGGACGCGCGAACAUAUGCUCGUUAGCUUAUGUCGCGCUCAGCAAAGCUAUAACAAUCGCCACACGCUACUCCGCAUGUCGCAAGCAAUUCGGCCCUGAAGAAAGCAACGAAGAGUGGCCUGUAAUCGAAUAUCAGUCACAACAAUAUCGUCUAAUACCACACUUGGCCACCACCUAUGCGCUACGUAUAUUCUCCAUGUGGAUCGGCACAGAAAAUGUAGAUUUGACCUUUCGCACCGUUUUGGGCGAAGAUACCAGCAACAAAGGCAUGGAAGUACAUGCYGUGUCCUCGGCCGCCAAACCGGUGUGCACUUGGGCAGCGCGCGAUGGCAUACAAGAAUGCCGCGAAGCAUGCGGUGGWCAUGGCUACUUGAAGCUGGCCGGCUUGGGUGAGCUGCGCAACGACAACGACGCCAAUUGUACGUACGAAGGCGAGAAUAACACGCUUAUACAGCAGGCCUCCAAUUGGCUGAUAAGUCUGCGACGUAGUAAUGCCAAUUUCGCGGAGAUUUCACCAUUGGGUUCUGUGGUGUUCUUGAAGGAUAUGGACGCGAUAUUGCGCACAACGGCAACCGAACGYUGCGCGCAGGAGGCGCUGCAUCCAGAUAAUCUCUUAAAGGCUUUGGAUUGGCUGCUUGCCUUCCAGUUGGAUAGAACAGUGCAACGCUACGAAAGCUUACGCAAGCAGGGUAAAGAUGCCUUUGAAACACGCAACAACAUACAAGUCUUCAACGCACAGCAACUCUCCCUUAUUUACGCACAGCGCACAAUCUACUAUGUGUUCCAUCGCUUCGUCAACAACUUACCGCCGUCGAAUGAGAAAAAUGUGCUUGCUCAACUGUUGUCGUUCUACGGCGCCGAUUUGGUCACGAAGUACAYCGGYAUCUAUUAUCAAGGCGGCUACUUCCAGGAUAGGGCACAUGCUGACCUCUACCRYGAAGGCAUUUUGACGCUGCUGCCAUUGCUGAAGGACGAAGCCAUAUCGCUGAUCGAUGCAAUUGCGCCAACGGAYUUCAUACUCAACUCGCCGCUCGGCAUGAGCGAUGGCAAUAUUUAUCAACAUUUGCAGCGUGCCAUCGUGCAGGCGCCCGAGGUGUUCGAACGGCCGAGCUGGUGGCGCGAAGUCACCUACAAGGACUACCUGCAGAAGUCGAAAUUGUAGAGUCUAGCAUUUGCAUAAGUUUAGCGCGSAUAGUUGUGAAUUUUGAUACAAACAUUUUUAUUCCAUUGCAAUAAUUUUAUUCUUUGUCGUCGCACAAUAUACGAGUAUAGAAAAUAUCAAUAGAAUAUAAGUAACCAAUA